AUGGCGCCGACGACGAGGGAUCGCUGCGAGGCGAUUCGGGGAGAGGACUGCGGGGAGCCCUGCGCGGGGCCAGCAAGCGAUGGCUGCGGUCCUGAAGGCACCCCUGGGAGCAAACAGAGUUCUUGUGUAGUGGAGAUGGGUAGUUCUGACCGGAGUGGAUGCCGCCGGCAUGGACGGGAGCCGGAGAGCUCGCCCAGGCGAGCAUGGAUGCCGAUAACGGCGUUGGCCCUGGGCUCUGUGUCGGCCCAGGUCGUCCAGACUGUGGUCCCCGUUUGCCACGGUAUUGCCUCCUGCGCCAGCAUGCUGCAGGCGAGCGUCAAUUGGACGACGUUCUUCGCGGUGUUCAACCUGGCGAUCAUGUUGGACGUCAGCGCCCCCGGCGCCUGGAUAGGUGCCGACCACGACGCCCAGCUAAAUACCGCAGACUGGGCCUGGAACAAUGAGCACGUUGGCGAGAGCAUGCGGGGCUUGAUUCGGUACUCUGAGCGGCGGUCUGGGGACGCCAUAGUUGUCAGUUUCGUGGAGGUGCAGUGCCUGACGCAGUAUCAGGGGGAACGCUCUUGGGUGUCCGCGUCGCGGGCUGGAUCCAAUGCGAGCGUCAUCUGGGCAGUGAAUACUGAGGGACAGCCUCAGGCUUACAUGUGCGGCGCCACCGCCGAUGCCCUGCUGGGAGGGCAGAUGACCGACGGGCAAGAUGCAGAAGAGAAUGCCGCGGCGGAGAAAACAUGGAAGGGAGUGAGGGCCGACCUUGCGGCACAGCGGCCCAAGUACGACGACGCCGAGAAGGCCCUGCGCGAGUGGGUGGUUUAUCGGGUCGUGGAGAAGGCGGGCCCGAUCUCCGACCCGUCCGACGGCCCGGAAAGCCCGCGCGCUUACGCGCCUUUCGCAGCGACGAGAGAUGUGUGGAUGGACCAGGAGCUCGGGAGGCUGUUUUCCGACAACAAGACGGUCGCCGUGGCCAUCUCAAACGCCUUUGGCGUGACCAACUCGACAACAGUCGAGCGCGCAAGCUUGGACGUGAGGAGGGGGGUUGGCGCCAACGCGAGCGUCCUGGCGAACAGGGACAGGAGCAGCGCGUUGUGCAGGGGGCCUGUGGCGCAGGGGGCCGCGGCGGGUAUCAACUUGUGCCGCGGGGGCAGUCUCAUGCUGGACAGGCAAGAUGCGGCAGGCUUUACCCUCUCAAACGGCGCUCUCGUGCGGCGCGAGUUCAUCGGCGUGGCCGCCAGGACGGGCGUGUACCCGCCCAAGUACGCCGUCUUCGACCAGGCCGGCCCGCGCCCGAUCUUCGACCUGGAAGACGAACCGAGCUCGUCGAUCGACGAACUCGGGACGAUGACUUUCCACAACUGGGAGGCCCUCCGCACGGUGGAAACGCCAGGGGGCGUGGACGAGUGCGCGGCGAUGUUCUACGGGCGCAUGUCCCCCGGCGUGCCCUACGAGCUAACACUGCGGCAUGGGCCCCCGGGUCCGACGUGGCAGGAGCCUGUGAUUGGAUGCGACGUCCGCUCGGAGGCCGUCCCCACGCGCCUCCUCCAGGCGGCCGACAAGGCGCUGGAGGCCAACCUGCUGGGUGGCGGCGACGACCGGCCCAAGCCCGCGUUGCCCAGCCAGAUCGCGGCGAUCUGGCUCUUCGGCAGCCUCGCGGCCGCGCAAAUGGGCUGGUGGAUGGUCUGCGGCCUGCACUGCCUGCAGGACGGGUUGUCGAUGCUCGCGCAGGAAGCCGUCAGGGCGUACGCCAAGCUGCAGGGCAACGAGUCGGGUGUACCCAGGCUGCGCCGCUUCGAGCAGCACGUGAACAUGUACAUGUCCUUCUACACCGAUUGGUACCUGACUGUCCGCGCCUCCACGCUGCGCGCCUACGCCGCGGCCUUGGCCGUCCUGGCCACCGUCCUGACCUAUGGCAUUGCCGGCGUGCCCGUGGCGCUGCAGCAAAUCGAACAGAUGCGCCAUGACGGAUGGACGCACCGCACUGUCUUCUCCGUCUCCGGCGAUUCGGUGGAGGGAGCGUCGCAGGGUGUGUUGUUGGCGACGGUUGAGCGGCGAAUGACCGGAAGCACGACGGUGUGGACGGAGGCAGCGUGCAUUUUUAUGGCGGUUCAGGCCCUUGGCCACGGCCUGUUGCUGUACAAGCGCAUCCGGGAGGAGCAGACGGCCCAGGAGCUGCUCGUGGAGGAUGUGUCCGAGGGGAGGAAGACCCUGUUCGAGAAGCUGCGGUCCAUGGUGUAG